UGGAUCAAUCCAAUCACGAUCUUCAAAACCAUCUGGUUCUAAUCUCCUCCAGAAUCUUUUUCAAGAAUGAGAUCAUCCGUGUUUCUUCUCUGCGUUCUGGGUCUUUCUCUGACACAAAUCCAAUUCUCCAGAGCAGAUUUGGUAAAGCAAACAUGCAGGCAGACACCCAACUAUCAUCUCUGUGUGCAGACUCUGCGCUCAGACCCACGAAGCUCUCACGCAGACGUCGCAGGCUUGGCCAUGGUGAUGGUGGAUAUGAUCAAGGCCAAAUCAAUCGCCACCCUCCACAGAAUCAGUGAAUUGUUAGGCACAGCACCACACCCAAAAACGAAGGCCACUUUGAGGCGUUGUGCAGAGUUGUACGAUAAUGCAGUUUUGAAGGCUGAUAUUCCAUCAGCCAUGGAAGCUCUCAAGACAGGUAAUCCCAAAUUUGCAGAACAAGGUGCCAAUGAUGCUGCUAACGAGGCCGACUCCUGCGAGAGAGCCUUCAGUGGGGCUUCCCCUAUUACUUCUUUCAAUAGGAGUGUUAGUAACCUCUCUCGUGUGGCUUCUGCCAUUAUCAGGCUCUUGUUGUGAGCUGGAGUCCUUCCUUGGUAAGACUCCAUGAAUGGGUUGUGAUGACUGCUUCCUCACUUCUAAUAAAAGACUAAAUUCUCGGAUAAGAACCAUUAUUAUUCAA